AAUAUGAACCAACUACUUCUCAUAACGAAUCUGAGGAAUAUGAACAAACCAUUUUUUGUUAUGAAUCUGAAGAUUUUGAAUCAAUCUCUCUUUCUUUGGAUAAAUCUGAAGCUAAUGAAGCAUCUCUAACAUGUGCUA